AUGCGACCUACGAACGAAAUUGUGGCCCGAGCCUCCCCCUCCCCUCAAAAUGAUCCUCCCCCGGUCCCCUCGAAAUACACCAAAGGCGAGGUCUUCUACUACGACGGCUACCAAAAGACUUCAUCCAAGUUCAAGCAGUUCGAGGAUAUGUGGAAGCAGCUGGUCGAUCUACUGAAUCUGGUCGACAAGCCAGAUCCCAACGACAUCUUCGAGCUAUGGUUCAACCCACAAUAUCUGCUCGAGGUGCAGCACGUCUUCGGGUUCAUGUGGCAGGCAGUUGACCCGAACGCUUCGCCUCCCGCGCCCAAAGACUCCCCCAAGAUCUGGAUAAUGAGCAACGAUUACGCCAAGCAAUGCUCGGGGCUGCAGGGCACGCUGGCAUACACGCAACCCUUUAGCAAGCUCAGUGAAUCGGAACUGUCGAGCGUUGUCAGUCGUUCGGCCAUGGGCAAGGAUGAUUGUAUCAUUCACUUCUGCGAAGAGUUGAUGGAUUACUAUCUCCAGCACCAAUGGACCGAGUGCUCUCAGAUCCAGCCUCGGCAAGUGACUGAGAGACUGGCGGCUAAUCUGCUCGAAACCUUGCUGCAUGAGCUCAUGUGA